UAUCUGUUACUAGAUGAUCAGCUGACAAGUUUAGCAUAGUCAGAUCCCUGCUAACCUUCAGCACUAUCUGCUGAUGACAGAUGGAUUGUUUGGAUUCAGCCCUCUGCCUUCUCCUCAGGGCUCUCCCUCACUCAGUCCACUCAUCCCACUUACAGGGGGAUUAUUUUUUACCUGCAUUUGAAUGUGUCCACUUCUGUUUUCCCCCUUUGUGUGUAUUACCUGGAGAAGUUGGAAGUAGCUCGUUCAGGGAAGCGUUGGACCAAGCGGGAGCUCCAUCACUGAGCUGAAGAGGGAGAAGACAGGAACAUUUGGGAGAAGAGGAGGAAGAAGGAACCAUGGGUGUGCAAAAGGAAGACGUGGAAAAGUUCCUCAACGGGAACCCUGCAUUUGCUAAACAGUACUUUGCCAAGAAUAUGAGCGCUGCCUCCAUAUCAAAGGCAUCAGGACUCCCAGAGAAACUAAUUGACUUCAGCCAGUUCCAGGAGCUCAGUCAGGUUGAAGAAAGCCAAAUCAUGUACGACUUGAUCAAAGACAUGCAGGAGAACAUCAACGUGGAAAAGGUGGUCUUCAAGAUCCUGAAGAGAAUCAGUGCGCUCAUCCACGCAGACCGGUGCAGCUUGUUUAUGUACCGGCAGCGAAACGGCAUUGGAGAGCUUGCCACAAGGCUCUUCAAUGUCAACACAGAGGCAGAGUUGGAGGACUGUGUGGUGCCACCCGACUCUGAGAUCGUUUAUCCGCUGGACAUGGGAAUAGUCGGCCACGUGGCCCUGACCAAGAAGACUGUUAAUGUGAAAGAUGUCACAGAGAGCCAGCACUUCAGCUCAUUUGUCGACGAUCUCACAGGAUACAAGACCCGGAACAUUUUGGCUAUGCCCAUCCUCAACGGCAAAGACAUGGUGGCUGUGAUCAUGGCUCUAAACAAGACCACAGGACCACAUUUCACUACUGAGGAUGAAGAUCUUUUUUUAAAGUAUCUGAAAAUUGCCACUUUGAAUUUGAAGAUCUACCACCUGAGUUACCUCCACAACUGUGAGACCCGUAAAGGACAGCUGCUGCUGUGGUCUGCCAACAAGGUGUUUGAAGAGCUGACAGACAUUGAGCGACAGUUUCACAAAGCCUUGUACACAGUCCGAGCCUACCUCAACUGUGACCGCUACUCUGUCGGUUUACUAGACAUGACAAAGGAGAAGGAGUUCUUUGAUAUUUGGCCAGUGUUGAUGGGAGAUCAGGCACCUUACUCUGGUCCUGUCACUCCUGAUGGCAGGGAGAUAAUUUUCUACAAAGUGAUUGACUAUAUACUACACGGAAAAGAAGACAUCAAAGUAAUACCCAAUCCGACUCCAGAUCAUUGGGCCUUGAGUAGCGGCCUUCCUACUUAUGUUGCUGAGAGCGGUUUUAUUUGUAACAUUAUGAAUGCAGCUGCUGACGAGACGUUCCAGUUCCAGACAGAGCCACUCGACAGCAGUGGAUGGACCAUAAAAAAUGUUCUCUCUCUGCCAAUCGUCAACAAAAAAGAAGAGAUAGUUGGUGUGGCCACUUUUUACAACCGAAAAGAUGGAAAGCCUUUUGAUGAUCAGGAUGAGCAGCUCAUGGAGGCUUUGACCCAGUUCCUGGGCUGGUCAGCUUUGAACACUGACACUUACGACAAGAUGAACAAGCUGGAGAAUCGUAAAGACAUCGCUCAGGACAUGGUGCUCUACCAUGUCAAAUGUCGGGAGGAUGAGAUUCAGAAUAUCCUGAACACCAGAGACAUCUAUGACCUUGAACCCAAUGAGUGUGAAGAGGAGGAGCUCCUAGCUAUCUUGAAAAAAGACCUACCUCCACUUAUUAAGAAGUUUGAAAUCUACGAGUUCCACUUUUCGGAUUUUAACUGCACAGAGAUGGAACUGGUGAAGUGCGGCAUCCAGAUGUACUAUGAGGUUGGGGUGGUCAAGAAGUUCCAGAUCCCUCAAGAGGUGCUGGUUCGUUUCAUGUACUCGGUCCAUAAAGGCUACAGAAAGAUCACCUACCACAACUGGCGUCACGGCUUUAACGUGGGACAGACCAUGUUCACACUCUUAACGACGGGAAUGCUGAAGCGGUACUACACAGACUUGGAGGUAAUGGCCAUGAUAACUGCAGGCUUCCUGCAUGAUAUUGAUCACAGAGGGACCAACAACUUGUACCAAGUCAAAUCUGGCAACCCGCUGGCCAAGCUACAUGGCUCAUCCAUCUUGGAACGACACCAUCUAGAGUUUGGGAAGUUCCUCUUAGCUGACGAGUCACUGAAUAUCUACCAGAACCUUAACAGGCGACAGGUAGAACAUGUGAUUCAUCUCAUGGACAUCGCCAUCAUCGCCACUGACUUGGCUCUUUAUUUCAAGAAAAGAACCAUGUUCCAGAAGAUCGUGGACCUUUCACACACAUAUGAGGAUGAAAAGAAGUGGGUGGACUUCAUGUCUCUAGAAACAACCAGAAAAGAAAUCGUCAUGGCCAUGAUGAUGACCGCAUGCGACUUGUCAGCUAUCACCAAGCCUUGGGAGGUGCAGAGCAAGGUUGCCUUGUCUGUAGCAGCAGAGUUUUGGGAGCAGGGUGACCUAGAGAGGACAGUUCUGGAGCAACAACCUAUUCCCAUGAUGGACAGGAACCAUGCACCAGAACUUCCAAAGCUACAGUGUGGUUUCAUUGACUUCGUCUGCACGUUUGUCUACAAGGAGUUUUCUCGCUUCCACCCACAAAUCCAGCCCAUGCUGGACGGCAUCCUAAAUAACAGGAGGGAGUGGAAUGCUAAAAAAGAAGAGUAUGAAGCUACACUCAAAGCCCUAGAGGAGGAGAAGGCUGCUAAAGAGGCAGCCAAAGCCAGUAAAGCUCCUUCAAACAACACUGGUGAAGGCUCCAAGACCUGCUCUGUGUGCUAAAAGGUCAAAAAGCUGUGGAAGUGCAGACAACUUUAGAAUUACCUGAGCACCAAAGCCAGCCAGUCCGUCUCACCGGCAAGGAAGAAAAUGAAAUAAAGUCAGGAAGACAGAAGUGUGAGUAAAUGCACAGUGCCGUAGUAUUUCUUCAAAAUAACUGGUUCCAAUCAGAAAUGAAAAACCUAAACAAGGAAGAGCAAUGUUUCAUCCAGGUGAGCCAAAAUAUGAAUUCAGGACACUCCCACAUCUUGACAAAAAAUAUCUCUGAGGAACAACAAAAACAGACGUGCAUGCUUGUUGGACAAACAUACAUUUAUUUUGACUGUUUCUUUAAUGUAGUUAUGAAACACAGCAAAAAUGAGAGGAUACAACUUGUACAUACAUAUGUGUAGUGAAGUGAUAUCUAUGUACAGGAUGUAAUAAUUCUUUGCUGCAAAGCCCAGGUCACCGUAGAUUGGAUAUCAUGUUUGGAGCUCUGUUUUCAAACAUACUGCAUAUUGUACAUUAAUGUAAUAUUCAUUUAGGGCUUCAGAAUGUAAAUCUAGAAAAUCAGUAGAUAGAACUAUACAGUAAUUGAACUACUGUACAUAUAUUUCAAAUUGAUCAUUUUAUGUUCACUCCUUCCAGUCACUUACCAUUUACAAAUGAGAGUUUGUUUACCUUGAUUAAAGAGCCAAAGGUAGAUGGCAAGCUCGAGACUGCUACAGUAAAAAAUGCAUAUUUGUGAAAAAGUAUGAAUAUUUAAGGCGAUGGCUUAGAAAUGUAGCUUUACUGUCCGCAGACAAGCCUGUAGUUGCUUACUCAUGAUGCCUUCAUACUGUACAUAUGUACAUCUGAGUAGCUGAGAAUGUUAUGUUUUAUGAAUAUACAAUUAAAGAUGUCUUAUUAAAUAAGAGCAUUUUAAAACUCUGGAAAUUAGUUGGUUCCAGAUCAGAUUAACUUUACUUUUCAGUUCUGAGGCCUGUGUCUUGUUCGAAAGCAAUGAUAGUAUUUAUAAUAGCUGACAAUUAUGUGUUUUGAUGUGAGAGGAAACAGGAACACACACAUGGAGAACAUGCAAACUCCACACAAAAAAGAUCAGGUCAAUGAUCUGGUGAUUCAGGACUAUUGUGAGGCAACCGUGUAAACCACUAGUCUAUCAGGCAUCAGCAACAAAUUCUGCAGACAGAGCUGUUUGAGACAAAAGAACAGCUUCUUGUAAUGACUCGUACAUACUUCCUUCGUCCCUGUAAAUAUAAAAAAUAUAUUUUUCUAGUUGAAACAUAGAUGCUUAUUUUCUGUAGUGUGAUUUGUAAGCACUGGCAAAUGAGUCAUCAAUUAAUUUCUUAUCCCCUUAAAUGAUUGAAAUUUGUUUUUUAUCAUGCUUGCCUCCAUUUAUUCAUUUACAAGUAUUCCACAUAUGGAAAGAAGUGGAUGUAUCAGAGAUAACCAUGUAAUAUUAGGCAAUAAUUGCCUAACGAUUUUUAAAUAAAUAGACUUCACUUUACUUCAUGGUCAGUAUUUUAAAGCUUGCCUCAUUUGUUCCAUGUGUACAAUGAUGAUCCAAAUAAAGCAAAUGUAUUUUUAUGAGGUAA